UUUUUUAGAGACUGGCCGGGCGGUCAUACAGAACGCGUAAAUAAAAUUAAACAUAGUGUAAAAUUAAAUAAUAUUGAAGAGUCUUCUGAAUUAAAUCAACUAAAUACAAAACAAACCUAACACUCAGAGAAAGCUCAAUUGGAAUAAUUGGUGAAGUGAUAGAAUCAAAGGAGUAGUCAGCGGAGCCAACAGCUGUCGGAGUCUGCUGCGCCGCCGCCUGGCUAAAGGUGAACCGAGUUCAUUGGGUUUUUCGGCUAUUACGUGUGCGACCCCACAGCCCGCUCCCUGCCAGCGUUUCCUUCGCCACUCGAGAGUGCUUGUGUGUGUGUAUGUGAGAUCUUGAGAAGAGGCUGCGCCUCUGCCAACAAAAUAAAAACGAGAAAACAGAAAGAAACCGGAGGGAACGGAACACGCACGCCGCUCGGCAUAAUUAAUAAAAAAAAGAAUGACCAGAAAUCUGCCGCUCAUCCCACUGGCGCUGUGCGCCAUCGCCUUCCUGGCCGCCGUGGGACCCAUGCCCGCCUUCGGAGCAGUAGCCACGCACAAGCACGAGAAGCAUCUGAGCAAGGAGCGGGUAAAGGACGGCAUCUAUGCCCCCCGGGAUGCUCAUCAUCACGGCGAGGAUGGCGAGCACAAUGUAGAGUUUGACCACGAGGCCAUUAUUGGCAAUACCAAGGAGGCCCAGGAAUUCGACACACUUUCACCCGAGGAAUCGAAGAGGCGUCUGCUGAUAUUGGUCAAGAUGAUGGAUCUGAAUAAGGACGAAUUUAUUGACCGGCACGAGCUGAAAGCCUGGAUAUUAAGGUCUUUUAAAAAACUCUCCGAAGAGGAAGCUGCUGAUAGGUUUGAGGAGAUAGAUCAGGACCAAGAUGAGAAGAUAACGUGGAAGGAGUACCUGCAGGAUACCUAUGCCAUGGAGGAUGAAGACUUUAAGAAAGAGACCAUUGACUUUGACUCCUACGAGGAUGAGCAGAAGAUGAUCCAGCAGGACAAGGAGAUGUUCAAUGCUGCCGAUGCGAAUAAGGAUGGCAGUUUGUCGCUCGAUGAAUAUGUUUUCUUUCAAAAUCCCGAAGAGCAUCCAGUGAUGCUCCCCAUUCUGCUGGAGCACACAAUGCAGGACAAGGAUUUGGAUCACGAUGGCAAGAUAAGCUUCCAGGAGUUUGCCGGCGAAUCUGCUUCGCAGCACGACAAGGAGUGGCUUAUCACGGAGAAGGAGCGAUUCGAUAAGGAUCACGAUACCAACGGUGAUGGCGUCCUCACUGGCGACGAGGUCCUAUCUUGGAUUGUGCCCAGCAAUACGGCUAUUGCCACUGAUGAGGUAGACCAUCUGUUUAUCUCCACCGACGAGGAUCACGACGAUCGGCUAUCCUACCUCGAAAUACUCAACAACUAUGAUACCUUUGUGGGCAGUGAGGCCACCGACUAUGGGGACCACUUGCAAAACAUUAACCAUCUGUCCGAUGAGCUGUAAAGCGAUUGCCAUCCUACUGCUAUAGUGAACCUGUGCUUAGUAUUUCAUUUACAAUAUUUUACGAAUGUAGUUAGUAAAUUUAUGUUUUAUUUAUGUUUCAUUUAAGUGACAAGUUUGCAAAAAUCCAUAUCGCAAUAUUGUUUUGAGCGUUACUUGCGCUUUCAUCUUCACGUUUUGUUAAUUUAAUUUAUAUAUAGACACCAAAAAUAAUCUACAAAAUCAUAAUAAUGUAAUAAAUCAUUUUCACUAAA